AUGGACAACGACGAACCUGACGCUAGCAUGGCCAACUUGAUUGCCCAAAAUGUUACGGAGAAGAUUAGCGCCCUAAUGGAAUUGAAGUUCGCUGAGCUACAGUCAUCCUUAACCAUACUGGGUAGUCGCAUUGACGACAACAGCAAAAGACUAACUGAAGCUGAGAGUCGCAUCUCUGAGAAUGAAGACCGUACUAGCUCUUUGGAGAACAAAGUUGCUCAUCUUGAACAAAAAGUUAAGUCCCUAGCUGACCGCACUGAGGCUAGUGAAAACCGAAGCCGUAGAGAUAAUAUUCGGAUCAUCGGACUCAAAGAAGGCACAGAAGGGAAAGAAGGGAAAAAUGCGGUGAUAUUCUUUGAAACUUGGCUACACGACACACUGGAUUUGAAGACCAAAAGAGGGUUCAUUAAGAUUGAUAGGGCUCAUAGAGCCCUUGGCCCGCGAAAGUCAAACUCUAACAGACCAGUUAUCAUAAAACUCCACAACUACGGCGACAAACAAAUCAUUCUCUCAGCGUUCAGAGAGAAGGGUGACAUUCUCGAUCAGGGCAACAAGAUUUACAUUCGUCAAGACCUAUCAGCGGCAGUGAGGGAGGCAAGACGCAAGUUCAACGACACCUGCGAACAACUCAUCCAGAGGGGAAUACGGUUUCAGAUGCGCUACCCAGCCACUCUUUUCCUCACGGUUCAGGGAGAGUUGCAUUCCUUUGAGACUCCCCAGGAGCAGGCAGAGGAGGUUGCGCAGACAGAAGGCUCCCAGCAGAUGCAGCUACAGUCGUCGGACGCCUCAGAGAAGCAGCAGCCCAAGCGGCUCCACGUCUCCAACAUUCCCUUCCGCUUCAGGGACCCCGACCUGCGGCAGAUGUUUGGGCAAUUUGGGAAGAUUUUAGAUGUGGAGAUCAUUUUUAACGAGCGCGGCUCCAAGGGCUUUGGCUUUGUAACGUUUGAAACGAGUGCAGACGCAGACCACGCUCGGGACAAACUUAACGGUACAAUCGUAGAGGGACGCAAGAUCGAGGUCAACAAUGCAACAGCGAGAGUAAUGACGAAUAAGAAAGUGGCCAACCCUUACUCGAACGGCUGGAAGCUGAAUCCAGUGGUGGGCGCUGUCUAUGGUCCUGAAUUCUAUGCAGUAACGGGGUUUCCCUACCCGAGCCCAGGGGCAGCGGUGGCGUACCGAGGAGGUCACCUGCGGGGGAGGGGGCGGGCCGUCUACAACACAUUCCGUGCCGCCCCUCCUCCCCCUCCCAUCCCUGCCUAUGGAGCCGUGGUCUACCAGGACGGCUUCUAUGGCGCAGAAAUCUACGGAGGCUAUGCAGCAUACAGAUAUGCCCAACCAGCUGCAACAGCUGCAGCCGCCUACAGUGACAGCUAUGGACGUGUGUAUGCCACCGCAGACCCUUACCACCACCACACGCUGGGUCCUGCCGCCGCCUACAGUGUGGGUACCAUGUAAGUGAACGAGGACGUCGUUGAGGGAACCGAGGGACAUCAGCUCUAAGAUGGAGGAAUGGAAACCGGAAGAAAAAACAUCAAGAAAAAAAAAGAUGGAAAAAAAAAAACACAAAAAACAAA